AUGUUAUAUCAAGAAAAUAGUAAUUCAUCUCCAAAAAAGACAUUUUAUUCAGAUCACCAAAAAACCUCAUCAAGUACAUGUCCGAUCCCAUCAGAAAAGAAGCCCGUCAAUAGAAAACAAGGCAAGGUCCCUCUUCAUGUAUUGGAGUAUGAUCAGCCCAUUUCCAAACCACCAAUGUACAAUAGCCAAAAAUAUACUGCGGGACUAUUUUCGUCCACUGCGCCAACCUCGCCCAGUAUCAGAACACAUCUAGACGAAGCUCUCCCAACACCCUCCUUAGAUCAGCCUUACUCUCUUUCAUCCGAAACUUCCCCAGUCCUAAAUACAGUCCUAAAAGCAGAACGAAAAGCCAAGUAUGAAAAGAAGCAGUAUUUGUUCAAUACAGAUUAUCAUGACAGAAUCAAAUUGAUGAAUCUAUCUGACAGUAUAUCAAAUCCACAUCGAGACCUUAGAGCAGAAAAGCACAAAACUACAAGAAUAGGCGCAGGGAUUAAAAGAAGAAGUGACAAGAACAUUUUACGACCACCAAUCAAAAAAUUUAAUUGCAGUGAGUGUGGAUAUAUGAGCAGUCGAAAGAGCAACUAUACAAGGCACAUUGAACAACAUGAUGACGAAAGACAAAAAUGGAAGUGCGAUACGUGCGCUAAAUCGUAUUCUAGCAAGUUCAACCUGGAAAGACACAUAACCAGUACUCAUACUAAUUAUAAUGAAAACUUUGGCUCAGGACCACAUUAUCUGUUGCAAAUUCUCACCAUAAUCUCUACAUUAAUUACAACUAAAGACAAGUUACAAUGUACAAUCGUCUGCAAGAAUUGGAUGAACUCAUUCCAAAUGGCUUUGUGGAACAGUCUAAAAAUCAAUCAGGAUAAACUGGAGAACAUUGUCGAUGCAUUUGACAAUUCACAGAGCAUUUAUUCAAAGAAUGGCCAUCGUGUACGAGAAAUAACUUGGUCCAAAACACUGGAAAUCAGUAAUGAACAUCUUUACAAAUUACAGCAUUGCUUUCAAAACUUACAGAAACUCGACAUGCAAAUGGGCACUGUGAGCAAAUACGACUUUGGUGGCAUGGCUGACUGGAACCUUUGGAAUAGGCUGACUUGCCUAGUAAUAUAUAAGCCUAAAUACGACUCAACUUGUGAAAAUGUCUUACUAUUAAAGAUCUUACAUUGUCUACCAAAUCUUACGUUCUUGAAUGUACUAGACAGAAGAAUUGUACCCUUAGUUCCAAACACUUGGGAAAUGCUAGAAACACUUCAUGAAUACUUGCCGCGACUCAAGCACCUAGAACUCAAUUUUUAUUUGGAUGGUGUAGACUUUAAAGACAUGGAAUCAAUUAUGAACGUUAGACCAGCAAAAAGUAUUACUACCGUCAAGUUUCAAAGUCAUUAUCUGGAUUUCGGGUGGAUAGUUUAUCUUGCUUUAAAGUAUCCGAACCUAUCAAUACUUGAAUCAAAAAAAUGCUUCAGAAAAAUUGUGAACAAGCAAUCAAUCCCAGAAGAGGCUAUAGCAGUUCUAUCUCGCUUAAAAGGCUGUUUUAAAAGCCUCAAAUCAGCCAAGUUAAAACAGAAUUUUACUCUCGGUCCAUAUCACCAGAUAUUGUGGAAUGUAUUACAACCGCUAGCUGGAUCAAUCGAAUCCUUAAAUCUUGUCUUGAUGUCUAACUGCAGAACAAAUGAUGGUCCAAUAGAGCUAUCGAGUAAUUCAUUUGAGCUCAAUUCAGGCUCUCUCGAAAAACUCAUACUAAAUAUCAGACUUCCUGAAACAAUUGUAUACCAAGCUCCAAUAUCGUUCGGCAUGUGCUCUCGCCUAAAUAUUCUGGAUCUGGAUAUAAGCCAAGGAGUAUUUGAGCUUGACGCUGUCUUGACCGGUUGCAUAUCUCUGAAAAUUCUGAGACUAAGGGCCAAGUCUAUCACUUUAACUCUUCACGUAUCACAUACCCCAGACUUCCAUGCCUUGGAGAAAAUAAUCAUAGUACAUUCGACAAUCGGGUCAGAAGUACUCGAACAUCUUUCUUUCAGCUGUAGAAAAUUAACAAAGAUGUUCUUGAUGAACACAGUAAUCUCAGCAACAAUAUCUGAACUAGAAAAUCACUUAAAUAUCAACAUGUCCUUUACAAAUUUUGAGGAAUUAAGCAUGCACGAUGUAAGAUUUCACGCUCAAAUAAGAGAAUCCGACCGAGUUGGAUACCUUAAAGUCUCUUCAACAAGCAUAUUUGUCAUCGAACAGACCCACCCAGAAAAGGAUCCAAAAAACCAGGAGUCUGAUCAUCUACAGUCAAUUGACGACAAGCAGACGCGGUUUUACCGCCACCGUACUAUGUAUGAGAACAAAAAGAUGAGGAUUCUUAAAAGUCCUGAAAUCCGGUUGGUUCAAGACUUUCUUAAGGACUCUUCUAUUUCCGAAAAGACAUUGACUGUAUACGAAGACAAGUUUCUUACCGACUUUUCAAAAAAUUCAUUAGAUAGCUAUAAUCCAAAUUUGUAUACUAAAUUACAAUGUAGACAUGUUCAAGUAUACUCUAUUCACGCUGACGAACAGGAAUAA